UGUUGUGACUUUUACUACUACUGAGUACUGCUACAUGUUUUGUGACUGCUACUAGAAGCAGUGAAGAGUUAAUAAUGGGUCAGGGAAAAAGCCAAUUUACUGAAGAAGAAUUACAGGAUUAUCAAGAUCUUACAUACUUUACAAAAAAAGAAGUUUUAUAUGCACAUCAGAAAUUUAAGGCCUUAGCCCCAGAAAAAGUUGGACAUAACAAAAAUGCCAAAUUACCCAUAGCCAAAGUAUUACAAUAUCCAGAACUAAGUGUUAAUCCCUUUGGAGAACGUAUUUGUAAAAUUUUUAGCUCCAGUCAAGAUGGAGAUUGUACAUUUGAAGAUUUUCUUGAUAUGAUGUCAGUAUUUAGUCAGUCGGCUCCAAAAUCCGUUAAAGCAGAACACGCAUUUAGAAUAUUUGAUUUUGAUGGAGAUGACAUGUUAGGUGUAACUGAUUUGAAGCAGGUAAUUAACAAAUUAACUGGUGAUAAUAGACUUAGUGAUUCUGAAAUGAAUUGGUCAAUACAAAAUAUUUUGGAGGAAGCAGAUUUAGAUGAUGACGGUGCAUUGUCUUUUGCAGAAUUCGAACAUAUUAUUGACAGGUCUUCAGAUUUUUUAAGUACUUUUAGAAUUCGUUUAUGAAAGGGCAUUGCUUAUCCUCUUCAAUACCUUAAGUUGCCAAAGUCGGUGUAGCAAUAAAAUCAAUUUCACACCUUAAAUUUAUGAUAGUAAAUUCCUUUACACACGAAAUUGUGAUUUUAGUUGUGUUGAUAUGAUAAUGAAUUACCCUGUAUUUCCCAUGAAUCAUUUGCUGUUUCUAUUCAUUUUCCACUGUAAUAAUAUGUAUAUUCCAUGACAGUAUAUUUAUUUAACUUUACACCUUUUUUAAUAAGUUUUUAUAUUUUUGUAUUCAAAAAAACUAUAAACUGUUUAACAAAAAAAAACAAAGCUAGUAAUAAACAGUAAUUUUUUCUAUUGCUUUAUUUACUUUAACAUCUUUGAUAAUUACUUGUAUUCUUUCCUUUUAUUCUAAGUAUAUACUCAUAAAAAAAGACUGAAUCAACGUGUUGACGAAUCUACAGCCAAAACAUAAAAAAGGUUAUUUGUCUAUUUUAAGGGACCCCAUUAAGUAUGAUAGUAUGACUGUACACUCAAGAAUAAAAGCUCUGUUCCUAGUACAAAAUAUACAAGGUUACCACAUUUUA